GUGUAUGCAACAUCUGUUAAUGUUUAUUGAUUAAGACUUUUCUAGAUUUGACGCUCGUACCUUCUACGAAUUUUCAUACAUUAAAUCUUUAAUCAAAUCGGAUUUGUUCAAUUUGUUGAAAGUUGAAACAUUGCCUUUACGUGACACUCAAUGGAAAAGUUUUGUGACGUUGCACUGAAUUCAUAUUUUCUAACAGAGAGACUUUUAACGUGUAAAAGUGACUUAUAAUUAAGUGACAAAAAGACAGUUUAUCCGUAUAAACUGAAACUAUCGAAUUCAUUAGUUUGUUUAUGCUUACAGUAAUAUUACAAACAGUGCUGAUAUUUCAAGUGCAUUGAUUAAAUAAUUCGCUUGGACUGUUCGGAGUAACAAACGGAAAGCUGUAUAUUUUUUUUACUUAUUCUUAAAGAAACAUACUAAAUGGAAAUGUACUUUUAUACUUUAUUUUAUAUAUUAUUCACAUAUGUACGUUGUGAACUUUUUACAUCGCUAGCUACUAUGGAACAUGGUUUGAUGGCAGAACAAAAUAUGGCUGAUAAAAUCAGAGAAUAUAUUUCCAAAGAAAAAGAAAGACUACAUGCAUUAGAUAGAUUAGCCGAUUCCUUUGAUGAACACAGUCGGCUAGGUUUAAAGAACCCCAAUGCUUACCUUGGAAACCCUAUCAAUGCAUUCUUAUUUGUUAAAAAGUUUACAAUUGAUUGGGAAAAAUACGUUGAGGAGUCAAUAAAACACAAACAGACACAAGUUACAACAGAAUUUAAUACUGAUCUAGAUCGCUUACGAAAGAGAUUGCCAGAUGAAGAAGAUCUUACUGGAUCGGUUCAAGCUAUACUUCGAUUACAAGACAUGUAUGAUAUUCCUGCUAAAGAGAUAGCCGAAGGAUCAAUAGGUGGCUUAAAUACUGGAGAACUUUCAGCUGACGCUUGUUUUGAAUUGGGAAGGAUUGCAUAUGAAGAUGGCGACUAUUACCAUGGUUUUCAUUGGAUGGCAAUAGCGAAAGAACGACUGGAGAAAGAAAGAAAUAAAACGACAGAAAUGUCCGAUGUAUUAGAUUAUAUGGCAUGGACUGCACAUGAGCUAGAAAACGACAAACUUGCUCUGGAGCUGACGGAAGAAUUAAUAAAAUUAGUUCCAGAUCAUUUACGAGCAAAGAACAACAGACAAGAUUUUAUUGAGAGAGUCAAGAAAGCAUCCAACGACACGUCCCGUGUGAAACGUGACUUGACUAAUACAACUCACUAUGUACCAAAACCUACACCUGAGUACAAUGGGACUCCAGAAUUACGAUCAUAUAAGCGCUUAUGUAAAGGCUUGGAUGUAAAGCCUCGAGAGAAGAUGAGCAGUAUAGUGUGCAGAUAUCGACAUAACAACAACCCACGACUACUUUUGUCACCUAUAAAGGAGGAAGAGGUGUACAGGGAUGCAAAUAUGGUUCUGUUUCAUGAUAUAGCUUCGGAUAAGGAAAUGAAAAUUAUCAGAUCUUUGGCCAUACCAAAGUUAUUUAGAGCAACAGUCCACGAUCCGACAACAGGAAAACUAAUUCAUGCAAAAUACAGAAUAACAAAAACGGCAUGGUUAGAAGAUCGCGACCAUUCAGUCGUUGAAAGAGUACAAAAUAGAAUAAAAGCUGUAACAGGUCUUGAUUUGGAUUCAGCAGACUCAUUACAGGUUGCUAAUUAUGGUAUUGGUGGUCAUUACGAUCCUCAUUAUGACUUUUCAACAAGAGAUGACGAAGACACAUCUGAAUUGGAGAAAAGAGAUGGAAACAGAAUAGCUACUUUUCUUUUGUAUAUGACAGAUGUCGACGCGGGUGGUGCCACUGUUUUUCCAAUAAUAGAUGUAAGAGUACUCCCUAAAAAGGGAACCGCAGUAUUUUGGUACAAUCUUAGGAGAAGUGGUAAAGGAAUCAUGGAAACAAGACAUGCUGCUUGUCCUGUAUUAGUUGGUACUAAAUGGGUAUCCAAUAAAUGGAUUCGUACAAGAGGACAAGAAUUUAGAAGACCAUGCGGGCUUACUGAAGAUGAAUAAACUAUACAUUCCGUUUCAAGUGCAUUCAAUUUUUACGCCAAAUGGUAUAGAAUUUGUAAAAUACGUAAUUUUCAUCCAUUGGAGUAAAAAUUGUUUGAUGAUAAAAUGAUUUAUGUUGUUGAAAUAUCAAUAAAUCAUGUGUUUACACAUUAUAAAAAAAAUAACAUUAAAUUCUAGAUUGCAUGUUGUAGUUACCGGUGAACACAUGUAAUAUACAAAAAAUGAAGUGCAUCUCUCAAAUACUGCGAGAGGCAUUAUCUUAAAAACAAUAUUAUAUAAAAAGUAGAAAUUUAUCUUUUAUGCUGAUCUCAAUUUUAAAUGUGCAAUAAAAAACGAGAACAAUAUUUUAUUUUUCAUUAUUUCAUGUCAUGUGUAUUAUGUUAUUAUAAACGUUUAUCUUGUUUUUUUUUACAGUGUGAACACUAACGUCUUAAAAGCCAAUUGUAUUUUCCAAAUAGAUUUUCAAUUGUAUGCUUAACACAUAUGAGAAGUGAGUCUUGUUUCAAAUUGUGAUAAUGAUGUCCGCUGAAGCCAUAUAU